AUGCACAACAACGAAGACAAGAACCUCAUCGAAAUUCUGGACGAAAACGUGUCAGUCGACAUUGCCAGAUACACCAACUUCGUCAGCGCUCCACAGGCAGGAGCAAUCACAACAUUCUCAGGGACAACGCGUGACACCUUUGACGGCAAGACAGUGGUGGAGCUGCGGUACGAGGCGUACGUGCCAAUGGCAGUACGCCAAAUCCAGUCCAUCUGUUCCUCGGCCAGGGCUACCUGGAAGAUCCACGCCAUUGCUGUGGCACACCGCCUGGGGGCGGUUCCGGUAGGGGAAACCAGCGUGUUCAUUGCCGUGUCAGCUGUUCAUCGUGGCGACGCGCUGGAUGCUUGCAAGUUCAUGAUAGAUGAGCUAAAGGCGACCGUUCCGAUAUGGAAGAAGGAGGUUUACUCGAAUGGGGAGGUUUGGAAGGAGAAUUCUGAGUUCAUGGAGAGGAGAUCAAUGGAUCCUGCUGAAAAUGCUGUUGAUGCGCCUGGUGCUGCUAGUACUAGAAGGGUUUGCUGUGGGACAAAGUCCAAGGUCAGUAAUGAAGAAAGCACUGCUUGUGGGAUGGACUCAGAGUAG